UCCCUUAGCCUUUACCCUUUUUGGACGGCUCUCUCUCUCCGUUCUCUCUAUCUCCGCACGCGCUCGAGAUGGGGAACCUGGGCGAGAUCGCGGCGCUCCUCCUCUUCCUCCUUUCAUUUCUUCUCAUCUCACCGCCGACCCACGCCUUCUACCUCCCCGGCGUUGCUCCUCGCGAUUUCCAGAAGGAUGAUGAGCUUCAAGUGAAAGUAAAUAAACUUUCAUCUACAAAGACACAACUUCCAUAUGAUUAUUACUUCUUGGAUUAUUGUAAGCCUCCCAAGAUUAUGAACAGUGCUGAAAAUUUGGGGGAGGUUCUCCGUGGUGAUCGCAUUGAGAAUUCUGUCUAUGCAUUUAAAAUGAGAAGGGAUGAGACUUGCAAAGUAGCUUGCCGCACAAAGCUUAAUCAAGAAGCUGUAAAAAAAUUCAAGGAGAAGAUUGAUGAUGAGUAUCGAGUGAACAUGAUCUUGGAUAACCUUCCUGUUGCAGUUCCUAGACAAAGAAGAGAUGGAAGUCAAGUACCAAGUCAUGAACAUGGUUUUCGUGUUGGUUAUAAGCUCAAAGAUGGUCAUUAUUACAUAAAUAACCACCUGAGUUUCAAAGUCAUGUACCAUAAAGACCCAGAAAGUGAGGAUGCUCGUAUCGUAGGUUUUGAAGUGAUUCCAAGCAGUAUAAAACACGAAUAUACUGAGUGGGAUGAUAAAAAUCCUAAAUUGUCAACAUGCAAUCCGAACAUUAAAAUCGCUCCAGGUAGUCAUAGUCCGCAGGCAGUUGCUGCAGAUACAUAUGUCAUAUUCACAUAUGAUGUUACCUUUGAGAUCAGCCAAAUUAAGUGGGCAUCUCGCUGGGACACUUACCUUCUCAUGAAUGAUGAUCAAAUACACUGGUUUUCCAUUAUCAAUUCUUUGAUGAUAGUUCUCUUUCUGUCGGGCAUGGUGGCCAUGAUCAUGAUGAGAACCCUUUACAGAGAUAUAGCUAAAUAUAACCAGUUGGAGACUCAGGAUGAAGCCCAGGAAGAAACCGGAUGGAAAUUAGUCCAUGGUGAUGUCUUUAGGCCACCCAUCAACUCUGGACUGCUCUGUGUCUAUGUGGGAACGGGGGUACAGUUCUUUGGGAUGACCUUGGUCACUAUGAUAUUCGCAUUGCUAGGUUUUCUUUCUCCUUCCAACCGUGGGGGUCUAACGACUGCUAUGGUUCUUUUGUGGGUUUUUAUGGGUCUAUUCGCCGGAUACUCCUCAGCUCGGCUUUAUAAAAUGUUUAAAGGUACAGAGUGGAAGAAGAUUACCCUAAAAACUGCAUUCAUGUUCCCCGGAAUUGUCUUUGCCAUCUUCUUUGUUCUGAAUGCUUUAAUCUGGGGUGAGAAAUCAUCUGGUGCUGUUCCUUUCGGGACCAUGUUUGCUUUGGUAUUCCUCUGGUUUGGUAUAUCAGUGCCAUUGGUUUUUGUUGGUAGCUAUCUAGGUUUCAAGAAGCCAGCCAUUGAGGAUCCAGUAAAGACCAACAAGAUCCCUAGACAAAUUCCUGAGCAGGCCUGGUACAUGCAGCCAGCAUUCUCUAUUCUGAUUGGAGGCAUUCUUCCAUUUGGUGCAGUCUUCAUUGAGCUCUUCUUUAUCCUGACAUCCAUAUGGCUGAACCAGUUUUACUACAUUUUUGGCUUCCUCUUCAUUGUCUUCAUCAUUCUUCUCAUAACUUGUGCUGAGAUAACGAUCGUGCUCUGCUACUUCCAGCUAUGCAGUGAGGACUACCAUUGGUGGUGGAGGGCAUAUUUGACUGCAGGUACUUCCGCUCUCUACCUUUUCGCUUAUGCUGUCUUCUAUUUCUUCACGAAGUUGGAGAUAACCAAGAUGGUUUCCGGUAUCCUUUACUUUGGGUACAUGUUGAUUGUGUCUUAUGCUUUCUUUGUUUUAACGGGGACAAUUGGCUUUUAUGCCUGUUUCUGGUUCGUCCGCAAGAUAUAUUCAUCUGUGAAAAUAGACUGAUGGUAUGAUGGCAGAGAUGAGUUUGUGGUCUGGGAAGCAUUUGGAAACAGAUGUGGCUGGGGGAUGUUUCAAGGGGACAGAAAAAGAAAGCAUUUCAUGCUUGCAGUUUAAAAUACGAGAAUUAGUAGUAUUUCUAGAGUCAGUUUAGUAUGUUAGUAUUUCUGCUUGAUUUAGAAGUGGCUUCGUUCCUGGAUUGUUCUUGUAUGAAUUUAUGCACCUUCGCAAAGAAAGAUCUAUAUGAGAAGCUGCAGAUAAUGUGGGCACCUUGGCCCAUGCAUGUUUAUUGAACAUCGUUUUUAAUUUUCCCCAUUUUUUCUUUACAUUUUAGGCGCAUUUUGAGAUUGUAUAUGUUAGUAUCAUUUCUCUAAAAGAGUUCAGUUGAUUGAUCGAA